GAGAAUGUCAACAUCAACCCCCUCCAUGUCGACAAAACCACCCUCUUCCCCUCCAUCAUUCAUCUCCCCACCCUCCUAAGCAACCUCUCCUUUUUCUUCCUCCACAUCCCAUUGAGAGAGAGAUCACCGUAUUCCCAUACACCCGCAUCUAUCCUCCUUCGCCUCUGAAUCAUGACGCUUAUCUUCCGGUCCAAUUCUUUCGAUGGUCCGCGGGUUACUGGAACCGCAUCUUUUCCUCCAAGUAAUGAUGAUGAUGAAGAAGAAGAAGAAGAAGAAGAAGAAAAUGAUGAAGAAGAAGAAGAAGAAGAAGAGAAUGAUGAGUAUUUCGUAAACCCUACUUCUUCUUCUUUCCUUUCUUCUCCUGAGGAAACCAGAGAGCAGCAGGAACAGCAGUUCUCGAUUCUGGCGAUCUUCGUCGCUGCGCUGCGGAAAUCGCUGGUGACUUGCAGCGUUGACAGGGAAGACAUGUGCUCGAUGGACAUCGGGUGGCCGACCGAUGUCAGGCACAUUGCACAUGUCACGUUUGAUCGAUUCAAUGGCUUCCUUGGCUUGCCGGUCGAGUUUGAGCCCGAGGUCCCGAGGAGGGUACCUAGCGCCAGUGUAAGUGUAUUUGGAGUUUCUGCCAAGUCUAUGCAAUGUUCUUAUGAUCACAGAGGGAACAGCGUGCCAACAAUUCUUCUCUUGAUGCAGAGGCGCUUGUACUCACAAGGGGGCCUUCUAGCAGAAGGUAUCUUUAGAAUUAAUGCAGAGAAUGGCCAAGAGGAGUAUCUCAGGAACCAGCUUAACAGGGGAAUCAUACCACAUGGAAUUGAUUUGCAUUGUCUGGCUGGUUUAAUAAAGGCGUGGUUUAGAGAACUUCCAACUGGGGUCCUUGACUCCCUUACGCCUGAACAGGUGAUGCAUUGCAACACAGAAGAAAAUUGUGCUCAGCUUGUGAUGAAUCUGCCGCCGACAGAAGCCGCAUUGCUUGACUGGGCCAUCAAUCUGAUGGCUGAUGUUGUGCAGCACGAAGACCAUAAUAAGAUGAAUGCACGCAACAUUGCUAUGGUUUUUGCACCCAAUAUGACUCAGAUGGCAGAUCCGUUAACUGCAUUGAUCCAUGCUGUGCAAGUGAUGAACUUCCUCAAGACACUCAUCCUAAAAACGCUGCGGGAAAGAGAGGAAUCAUCCACAGAGUCUAGGGUGUUCUCUUCGUGCUCAGAAUCUCCAAGCAGCAAGGCUGAACCCAAUUCAUCCAGCUCCACGGCACGAAUUGAUGGUGGAGCCAUCACAGAUAAAACUGAUGCCCGUCUCCCUGACAAGACAGCCUUAGGCAAGUUCCUACUGGGUGCCGAAGACAGAGUAGCAAGUGAUGCCGAGAGCUUUCGGAGCUUCCAAACAAAGAGUGAGGCUGACGAGGAAAGAGAGCUCAUUUCGGACGGAAGCCCGCACGUGAAACAUGCUGUGGGGACCAUGGAAAACAGGUGUGGAGGUGGGUACGGUAGCAGCGACGUAGAGGGCUUGUUGGAUAGGCUGAGUUGGAGGAAAGGGGUAAGGAGGCUUUGCAGGCACCCUGUGUUUCAGUUGAGUAAGCUAGUUAAAAAGGGUGGGAGUCUUGGAGUUGUAAAUUCAAGGGGACGGGGAGGAGAAGCUUGGGCAUGAGAGAUGAAUGACAUGGAAGCAAGCAUGCUUCUGUGUUUCUUUGCUUGUUGAGAGAGGUCUUUGUUUGGUAGAUGAAGAUGAUUGUAGUUGUAUGAUUUGAGAUGUAUGUGUUUGGUUGUAUGAUUUCUAAUUGUUGUAGGAAUUAUUUCAAAAAACAUGUUAGUGAUCAUCUUUAACUGUAGUUGGAGA